UCGAGUUGUUGAUGUACCACCGUAUGGCUGCGAAAAGAUGAUAAAUACGAAGUAAUAUGGAGUAAUACCAAACUUUGAUUUGUACAUAACAAUUCGAUAUCAGUAAAAAUAUAACGAGAUAUUGUGUAAUAUUUAUUAUAACACGUAUAUUGAUAUAUUAAGUUAUCAAUUAUACGGAAAAGCGUUUGACGUGCAGAAUGUGUUAGUUUGACAUUAUAACCAAAUAAAGGCGAAUACGAAUAUUGAAUAAAAACGGCGGAAUAAAAAAAGGAUAGAUGGAAGAUAGAAUAGAUUAAAUUUAUUUAUUGUUAAGAUGUUAUGCUAACCAAACGUGUUUACUCGUGAGACAUGGAUAACAUCGAAUUGCUGUUCUUCGAUACAUUUUCCCACGACAUUUCGGAGGAAUUGAAUUUGGACCUGGUGCAAUUUCCCAAGCCUGUUUAUAUCAGUGAAGUUAGAAUAAUUCCAUUGGGCGCCAGAGUACAGGCAGACUUUCCAGGAGGAGUACGACUUGGAGCGACCAAUCCUUCGCAAUUUGAGAUUGAAUUCUUUGUAAACGAUCUCAGCAAACCCGGGGCUUCCACUUUUGAGUUUCUAGGUGGAUUAGAGUACAAACAAAAUAUCCAUAUUCAACUGGAAUGCGAACGGAAGCAAAUACCGACAGAUGGAUUGGUGCUAAGAGGAUGGUACACCACUAUAACACUGGCUGUGUAUGGUACUUUGACAAAAUCUCUGAACAAUCCCCAGGAAGCCAUCAGUUCGGCAGCUGGCUCCACCGCGUGCGUCAGUUCCAUAGAAGAAAAUCCUGAAAACACGGUGCAGAUUUCUUCCGAACAGCAGUCUGAAUGGUAUUACGAGAAUCAGCAUCAAACGAAUUUAUCGCAGGAAACAUGUGUAACGGCAACUCCAUCGCCACAACCGAUCCAGGUGGUGGAGCCAUCCAGGACAUCCACUUCGGACGCGGGAAAGACGGACUCGCGACAAUGGGAGGAAGAGACGUCUAACGCGGGUGAAAAAUCGUCGAAGCGACCUUUGUCCCCUCCCACCGAAUCUCUGAUCUCUCUGAGCCCCGAGUCCAUCUCCGCCGAGGAAGAGGAAGCGGAGCAACAGGAAGCUGGCGAGCCACUGGAAACUGGCGAGCCUUUCGAGCCAAUAUUAUCAGAUGAGGACAUAAUGACCGACGAUGUCCCAUCCACAGCCGAAUUCGAGUGCGAGGCGUCCCAGAUCGAUGAAAUCUACUCGAUAGUGCCGCCAGACUUGUUGAGUUUAGAGAAGCUGGGAAGCUUGGAGGACACUUGCGUGAACCGCGAGACCCUGGUGAAAAUCAGAGAGAUUCUACAGUCCCUUUCGAAAUCGGUCUCGCAUUUCUACAAUGCGUCCGGUCAGGAAAAGGAAACAUUCGUUCACAAUUGCGAGACUCUGUGCGCCAUGUUAGGCCCGUUUGACUCCGACGAAAACGAUAUCAAUGACUUGACCGACGUGGUCAAUGCUGGCUUGGAUAUGGAGCUCGCGAGGGCCCAACCACAACCAGCAUAUAAAGUGCGUCACGUGAAGGUGGGAGUUCGCCUGGCGGAAGCUCUCUGCAGAUUAUCGAGGGGUCCGGAGAUUCUGUUGAAAGUCGAAGCUCCGUAUAAAUUACUAUCUCUUUGUAUGCGCGAGAACGUGGCGUUACCAGUGAAACUCUCUGCUCUAAGAGCUCUCGAUGCCGCACUGAUCAGCCCGAUUAUCGUACAGGAGUUUCUGCGAAAUAAUCUGUACAGAAAUGCGCUAACGAUGCUCGACACGGCGAAGCUGGCUAGGCUCAAAUACGCCCUGAGCUCGCUCUUCCGCAAGGUCCACGUGUACGAAUAUCUAGAAGAGAUUAAGAAUUUCGACGAGUUUGGUUUAGCGGAGUUGAUGAAUGUUUACGUGUGCGCACCGACGUUGAUGGCGCAGCCUAAACGCCAGUUGCCGGCUGGCGCCCAGAUGGAAUUCGAGCGAGAGCGUACCCGCAACCCUCGUGCUCAUCUGAUCGCUUAUUUCGAAUACCACAAGCUGGCCCAUCAUCUUCUACUGGCGUUAUCUUCUCCCGGUUGCGAUUUGCAAAUGAGCAAGUUAAUCCGCCGUUUCCUGUUGCACCUCUCGAAUACCAAGGAGGGCCUGUUCUACUUGUUAAAGGAGGUCGAAGUAGUUCGAUUGAUAUUGAAAGCUCUGAAAUACGAGCAACCAGGCGCCGGACGUAUUCUGGCAUGGCGUCUUCAGGUUGCACAAUGCCUGAUUCGCCUGAAACAGACUUCCGACUGGACAAUCCUGAAGAAACUACACUCCUUCCUCAUUUUUCCAGAUGGUUUGCGUGCCAUUCUCACAAUAAUUCCUCUGGGCGAUUUCAUAGAUAUUCUGAUCCCUUUCUUGUCGGAUUCGAAUCUCUGCGAGUUCGCCGCCGAGGUGAUCUCUGCGGUCGUUCGUUACUCCGACAGAAUAGAGAUCUUCCAGAACCGUGCAGAAUUGAUACUGGACAAAACUCGCGAGCACGUCACCCUACGGGACGUGACACCGUACUUAACGGUCGCAGCUCAAGCUUCUCAUUGGGAUUACGGCGACGUUUCUCUGUUGGUGACGAUUAUCAGGAAAAGCGCCGAGAAGGCUGCGUCACUUCCCGGUCAGCUAAUCACCGCCUGUAGAAUCCUGCAUUAUCUCAUCUUCCCAUCGAAUAACGACGUCGAUCCCUUGGAGCCAUACAUUGAACUUAAAUACAGGAAUGCUUUGACCCAACUAUUCGCCGCCGACGGCCUCACCGCUCUGGUUGCUGUAAUGGCAAACGUGUCCGAGUUCUACGAACAGCCAUUCCUUCAUCGUGCUGCCCUGACUGGUCGCAGAGGCAUGGCGUUAAUUGCCCUGUUGCUUCCUUGCGUGAAGCUGACCAGAGCGCUGCUCGAGCGACUUGUCAAGUGCAUGGCGACUGACUUCAAAGAUCUCACCGCUGUCGUUCCGUUGCUCGGAGUAUAUUCUUUGAUUGAAGCCAUUCCAUCUAAUCUAAUGGUACAGACUCUGUCCGAAGAAAUCGUGGGAACGCUCCUGGUAUUCACCCAGGCCGUUGAUUCCGACGGUUCCGGCAACGUGGCUAAAUCACUGUGGACUCAGAUGCUGGGCGAAGUUCUAAAAAUGAUCUCUCUCCGUCCUUGCAACUUUAUGCCGGGUCUAAAGUUGUUAACUCGCCUGUUACCGUCUGUUCUGACACCAAAAGAGACCAACACUGAAGAUGCGACGAGGAUUCUAGGUCUAAGAAAGCUCUGGUCGGCACAUCUUCAAGCUCAGGCCGCGAAUCUCACUGAAACUCUUCGGCUACUCUGCACGAGUUGGAACGGCGACGUCUUACUUCUCUUAUCGACAGUUUGCAAACAGUUAAGCGAUCUGGCAGCACCGACGGCUCUCUUGGUUGGUAGGUGCCUUUUAGAUGGUAUUCUAGCUGCCACUCCUCUGGAAAACAAUGUUCCUAUUCUCGCUCUGAUCAGCGACCUGGCCAGACACGCGCCUAUGAAGGCUACUUUGCUGACUUUGACCAGUCCAGCGUCCAGAGCGCAGGUAAAGUCUGAUCAAAAAUACCCACCGGUCAUCGAGAUGAUGUGCUCCACUCUGAAAAGUAGCAGUGAUGUCAAUGUGCAAUACGAGAUCCUCAGCAUCUUUGAAACUCUAUGCAAUUGUAAUCUCAGUCUAGUGCAAGACGAUAACGAACCUUUAGAGAAGAGACUGACGCACUCGGUGCCCAGCAAGGAACCUCUUUUAUCUAUUCUCGCGGCUCUAAUCGAUAUCUUAGCGAUCAGCACCAAGUUCCAGACGGAUGUGAUAAAAAAUACGCUGCAUAUCCUCUUAUCCCUCAGCAGCCACAAUUAUGGUCUGUAUCAUGUAAAGAGCUGUCUGGAGAACAAUCCUGGCGCUUUGCGCGCGCUACUGGACCACGUGUCUAGUUUAGAAGAUUCCGAAACGAACCCCAUUGUGAAAUUAACCGUGACUUUCUUGGAGAAUCUGAUUGCCUCCGACUCGGAAACGAGGACCUUGCAUCUGCGUGCGCAGCAAUUGACGUCUUUGAUCUCUUGGGAGAAGAACGAUCAUCCCUUAGAGAAACUGAAACGCGCGGAGGAGCUAAUAGAAAUUUUGAGAGCCGCCGAAGAGAAAGAAGAAAAAGAACCUAUCCCGGAGAUGUUGGAACCUCUGUUGCCCACUCCGGAGGCAUUAUUGAAUCAGUUCUCACAAAGACGUCUUUGCACUAAUAACAGCCCGGCUCGACCCAAGAAGUUCUCGUUCGCGGCCAGUCAGACGCAAACCGAAGUUACGGUAGACUUGUUGGCGCUCGCUACUGAAUUAUUGCCUGCUGACUUUAAUCUGUUAGCGGAGGCGCAAAACUUAUGUUCUAAAAUACCUCCUGAUGACGCCAUUCAACCUCUGCAAUCAAAACCCCAGGAUGAAGAACAGGAAAGUAGGGUGGAAAAGCAGAUUUCUCCAAUGGCCAAGUCGAAACAGCCGUUUGUGACACCAGUACGAGGGCGGACACAGUUCUCAAAUUCCCUACGAGGUGGUCCAGUAGGCGGAGGGGUAGGCAGAGGAUCUGAUCCCUUUCGAUCGAGGCCCCCCAACACUUCGAGACCUCCGUCUCUUCACGUGGACGAAUUCGUGGCGUUGGAAACUUGUGGAGCACAACCAACCGGUCCCACCGGAUACAAUAAGCUUAAUAUUCGUGGAACGUGCCCGUCGCGCACUAUCAGCAGCGGUACCAGGAGUCGACCUUGGACACAGGAAAUACGUCCCACGUAUCUUCGCUAAUUUAUUUACUGUCCAUUUCCUUUCCUUUCGUACAUAUGUGUAUAUUUACAAAACAUAUCAAUUGUGUCAACAACAGUAUACAAAUUUUUUUUCAAGGGCUGUAUUUUACAGAAAUAAUAUUUUAUCUUGUAAUGAA